AUGGAGGCCUCACGAGGACCCCCGCGGGUCAAGAACAAGGCCGCGGCGGCUGUCCAGAUCUCUGCCGAACAAUUGCUGAGGGAAGCCGUCGACCGUCAAGAUGAGAAGCUCAAGGCGCCAACACAGCGCUUCGCCGACAUCGAGGAGCUGCAUGAGUUCCAGGGGAGGAAGAGGAAGGAGUUUGAGGACUAUGUGCGGCGGAACCGCAUCAACAUGAACAACUGGAUGCGCUAUGCUUCCUGGGAGCUGGAGCAGAAGGAAUUCCGACGUGCCCGCUCCAUUUUCGAACGAGCUCUCGAUGUGGACUCAACCUCCGUCCCGCUAUGGCUGCGAUACAUUGAGAGUGAGAUGAAGCAUCGUAAUGUUCAGCACGCCCGUAACCUUCUCGACCGCGCUGUGACCAUUCUUCCGCGAGUCGACAAGCUGUGGUACAAGUAUGUCUACAUGGAGGAGACGCUAGGCAAUAUCGACGGUGCCCGCUCGGUCUUCGAACGCUGGAUGCAGUGGGAGCCUGAGGAGGCGGCAUGGAGCUCAUACAUCAAGUUGGAGAAGAGACACGGCGAAUUUGAGAGAUGCCGGGCAAUCUUCGAGCGCUUCACCGUCGUUCAUCCGGAACCCAAGAACUGGAUCAAAUGGGCCAAGUUUGAGGAGGAGAAUGGCACCAGCGACCUCGUGCGCGAUGUCUACGGUACCGCCGUCACAACACUGGGAGACGACUUCAUGGAUGAGAAACUUUUCAUGGCAUACGCGAAGUUCGAGGCAAGACUGAAAGAGCUGGAACGUGCCCGAGCCAUCUACAAGUUCGCCCUUGAUCGUAUGCCACGAUCGAAAUCGGUCAACCUACACAAAGCCUUCACAACCUUCGAGAAGCAGUACGGAGACCGAGACGGUAUUGAAGACGUAAUCCUGUCGAAACGACGUGUACACUACGAGGAGCAAAUCAAAGAGAACCCCAAGAACUACGACAGCUGGAUCGAUUUCGCCCGACUGGAAGAGACGUCUGGCAACCCCGACCGAGUCCGCGACAUAUAUGAGCGAGCGAUCGCCCAGAUACCACCCACACAGGAGAAGCGCCACUGGAGACGGUACAUAUAUCUUUGGCUGUUCUAUGCAGUCUGGGAGGAGACAGUUUCGCACGACAUUGAGCGCACCCGUCAAAUAUACCAAGAGUGCAUACGUUUGCUGCCACACAAGCGCUUCACGUUCGCCAAAGUAUGGCUGGCUUUCGCUCAUUUCCUUGUGCGACAAGGAGAGCUUACCGCUGCACGUAAGCUGCUCGGUCAAAGUUUGGGCAUGUGUCCAAAGGACAAGCUUUUCAAGGGCUACAUCGAACUGGAGAUGAAGCUCUUCGAGUUCAACCGUUGUCGGCAGCUGUACACCAAGUACAUUGAGUGGAAUGGCUCAAACUGCCAUACAUGGAUCAACUUCGCCAACCUAGAGCGUGGUCUCGACGACCUUGACCGUGCGCGGAGCAUCUUCGAAAUCGCCGUAGACACGCAAGAGAUGGACAUGCCAGAAGUUCUAUGGAAAGCAUACAUCGACUUCGAGGAGGAAGAAGGCGAGUACGGCCGCACACGCGCACUCUACGAGCGCCUCCUCGAAAAGACCGACCACGUCAAAGUCUGGCUCUCCUACGCCCAAUUCGAACUCGGCGUCCCCGACGAAACCACCCCCGAAGACGACGAAACAAUCAGCGAGCUCGCCAAAUCCCGCGCUCGCCAAGUCUUCACCCGCGCGCACACGCGCCUCAAGGAGAAGGACCUCAAAGAAGACCGCGUGGCGCUUCUCUCUGCGUGGAAAGCGUUCGAAGACGUUCAUGGAACAGCGGAGGACAAGGACAAGAUCGAGAAACAGAUGCCCCGCAAGGUCAAGAAGAGGCGUAAGUUGGACGACGACAGCUUCGAGGAGUAUGUCGAUUAUGUUUUCCCGGCCGACGACGAGAGUGCGGCGAAGUUGGCCAAGCUUAUGGCGAAUGCGCAGAGGUGGAAGAUGGCGCAGGCUGCGAAGGCGGCUGCGGAAGAGAAUGGGGAUGCGGUGGAUGGGGGUGGAGAGUAG